AUGAAACUCUUCAGCAUUUCAUUUUUGUUCAAGCUUUUGAUACUUCAAUAUCUUUCAAUUCAAUGCCUUUCUGAAGAAUUUGAUUUCUUCUAUUUUGUUCAGCAGUGGCCGGGAGCAUAUUGUGACACCAAACAAAGCUGCUGUUAUCCAAAAACCGGAAAGCCAGCGGCAGAUUUCGGCAUUCAUGGACUAUGGCCUAACUACAACGAUGGAUCAUGGCCUUCAAACUGUGAUCCUGACAGUACUUUUGAUAAAUCUCAGAUCUCAGACCUGAUGAAGAACAUGGAGAAAAACUGGCCAUCUUUGAGCUGUCCAAGUAGCAAUGGUUUUAGAUUCUGGUCACAUGAAUGGGAGAAACACGGCACAUGUGCAGAAUCUGAGCUUGAUCAACGUGAGUACUUUGAAACAGCUCUCAAAUUGAAGGAGAAAGUCAACCUUCUACAGAUCCUCAAGAAUGCAGGCAUUGAACCAAAUGAUGAGUUUUACAGCAUAGAAAACAUUUCAGAGGCUAUAAAAGAGGCAACAGGGUUUGCGCCAGGAUUAGAGUGUAAUAGAGAUUCAGCACGUAACAGUCAGAUUUAUCAAAUUUACAUGUGUGUGGACACUUCUGGCUCAAAUUUCAUAGAGUGCCCUUUGUUGCCAAGGAGUAGAUGUGGAGAUCAAGUACAAUUCCCUAAGUUUUAA